AUCACUUACAAACAUACAGCGUCCCGCCCCACGCACAGAAAAAAGGAAUUAAAAAGGAAUCAUGACAGAAGGUCUCUAGGUUCAUUUUGGGAUUUAAUUUGAUCAUGCAAUCCUGUCUUAACAAGGACUGAUCAGGAUCCGGGAGAGUUUGGAAGGCCGAAUCAAAUGGCGAAUCGUGUGAAGCGACUGAUACAAAAGCUGGUCUUGGGGGCGUCCGUGAUUUGCAUCAUGGGUUUCUACUGUUUGACCAGAACGACCCUCCUCGCUACACAAAGUGUUUCUCUGUCCCCUUGCAUGCCAAACGUCCAAGUGAGGAACAAUUCACAUCGAACUCUCAAAGAUGCAACAUGCACGCCUAAAGUCAACCUGAUGUUCAUGAAGACCCACAAGACGGCCAGCAGCACUUUGAUGAACAUCCUCCUCCGCUUCGGAGAAAAGCACCAGCUCAAGUUUGCUCUCCCAGACGGCCGUAACGACUUCUUCUACCCGUCGAGCUUCUUCCGAACUCAGGUGAAGAGCUACCAGCCGGGCCUGUGCUAUAACGUCAUAUGCAACCACAUGCGAUUCAACGCACCCGAAGUGGAAAAGCUCCUCCCGCCGGACACCGUCUUCUUCACCAUCUUACGAGACCCGGCGGAUCUUUUUGAGUCGUCGUUUCACUACUACAAAGGCUACAUGCCCCAAACGUGGAUGAUACCUGGAGAAAACCAGAUGGAGGAGUUUCUCAAACACCCAAACCGCUACUUCAACCCGACGGGAUUCAAUUCGUUCUACCUCAAGAAUUUACAGUUUUUCGACUUUGGCUUCGAGAAUAAUUUGGAAAAGGAUGAUCCGAGAGUCAAGGAAGGCAUUGAGUACAUCGAAAAGCAGUUUCAGCUGGUCUUACUUUCGGACCACUUUGAGGAAUCGCUCAUUCUGCUGAAAGACGCUCUGUGCUGGACGAUGGACGACUUGGUGUUUUUUAAACUUAAUGCACGAAACGCCACGUCUGUGUCUCGCAUGAGCCCUGAACUGAGGACUCGUGCUCGGGAAUGGAACGGAGCCGACUGGCGGCUCUAUCAGCAUUUUAACGCCACUUUCUGGGCGCGCGUGAAGGCCUACGGCCGCAGCCGAAUGGAGGAGCAGGUGAAGGAGCUGCGAAGGAGAAAUGCCGAGAUGGAAGCCAUCUGCAUUGACGGCGGGAGAGCCGUGGGGGCGUCAGACAUCAUGGAUAGAGACAUGAAGCCCUGGCAGCCCAUUGGCAAAGCUUCUAUAUUGGGAUACAACCUGAGGAACAACAUCGAGCAACAGUAUGAGGAGCUCUGCAGGAAGAUGCUGACCCCUGAGAUCCAGUAUUUGACUAAUUUAGGAGUCAAUCUGUGGGUCACUAGAUUAUGGGGCUGGUUUAAGGAUAAUUUUGUUCGGUUUGGCUUCAGUUAGUUUAAUUGGUUCCUGUGUUGUAUGGAUGUAUGUAUUGAUAAAAUUAAUUAUUUAUUUUAUUUUUCAAAGAAUGCACAGUGUUGGAAAUUUAGAAGCUAGUGUUCAUUUGUUAGAUUUCCAUAGCCUUACAAUAAAACAACUCAUGUUUGUUUUGUUUAACUGAUAUAAGCCAGGGGUUUUUUACACUGGAAAUGUUUAGAGAAAGUGAAAAAAAACUUAGACUUUCAAAAAACAAAAAUAAGAUUUAACAUAGAUUUCCAAUAUACAAUAGAUUAAAAUAAAUACAAUUUGAUUUAAAUCAAAAUGAUUACAUCUAAAUGCCUUGAAGUUUAACACAACACACCCCUACGCAAGUUACUGAUAACAAAAAUGAGGAGAAAUGUAAUCAUUCAAAAAUGUUUUUUUCAUAGGUCAUGCAAAGACUUAUGGAAAUGACCUUUAACCGUAAAUUACAUGGUAAUUCAUAGUUUUUAGCUCCAAAAAGUAUAGAUUUGACAGUAUUUCUACAGUGAAAUUACAUAUAAUUACAUAAAUAAAAAUGUAAUUAAACAGUAAACAAAUACAAUAAAUAAAUAAAAAUAUAAAGAGUCAAUAAAUAAAUAUGUAUUUAAAAUAAAUAAGUGAAAAAAGCGAAAUAAAUGUGAGCCUGGACCACAAAACCAGCCAUAAGGAUCAGUUUUCUGAAAUUGAGAUUUAUACAUCAUAUGAAAGCUGAAUAAAUAAUCCACUGAUGUAAUGAAAAUCUGUAAUAAAUCUUAUAAUAAAUAAAUAAAAACUAAAUAUUGAGAAAAUCGCCUUUAAAUUUGUCCAAAUUAAGUUCUCAGCAAUGCAUAUUACUAAUCAAAAAUCAAGUUUUGAUAUAUUUAUGGUAUGAAAUUUACAAAAUAUCUUCAUGGAACAUGAUCUUUACUUAAUAUCCUAAUGAUUUUUGGCAUAAAAGAAAAAUGGAUCAUUUCUCGCUAUUUCUACAAAUAUACCUGUGCUACUUAUGACUGGUUUUGUGGUCCAAGGUCACAAAUACAUUUAUAAUAGUAGAUUUUCACAGUAUUAUUUGAAUCUUUAUUCAAGAAACAGUUGUGUAUUUUUAUUUUUUUGUUAAGAUUAUAUAUAGCCUACACAAUGAAGACCAUUUGGGGGUCUAUGACAUCUAAAAGAUUGAAACCCCCUGGUGUAAGUGACCACUUAGGGCCCCUAAAGUGGGCUGUUUUUAUUUUAUUUUUUAGUUGUUAUUGAUGUUAUUAACGUUUAUAAAUGUUUUAAUUAUCAAUAUACUAAGUUGCUAGUAAGACUGAAGACUCAGGCAGCUGUUAUGGCUCAAUUAGACUGUCUAGGGCGCCCCCUAUUGGCCAGAGAGGGAAGAGAGCUGAAUCGAAAAGCGGACGCUCAAAUGAUUUCUCAUGGUCAGGAAGCGCGCCUCAGAGAGCGGGAAAAGAAUAAGGAACAUUUCAUUUUGAUUGCCUAAAUAUGUACUUGAGAAGUGUUAUUAUUUCAUUACAUUGAAAUAUUAUUGCUACCUAGUACAGUGCGGUUUCACAUUAUUACUGGACAGUGUUUUUACUGCACAGUGUUUUUAAUGACCUGAUUGCAAUAGUGAUUUUGGCUUGUUCAGUUCACCUACAGAAGUGUUUUGUUAGAAGCCUCAAGU